AGGCAGAGCGAGAGAGCGACGAGACGGACUUUAGCCGAUCAGCCCACCCGGCCUAUGCAAGCAGUCGGUGCAAAGAUUGGUCGGUGAGUCGUCACACCACGACCUAUCCUAGGCCUACCCGAUGAGGAUCAUGAAUUGAGAAAAAAGGUGCGAUAUGUUGCGUGAUUUGUCCAUAAUAGAAAGGUUGUAACUAAAGUGGAGUGAGAAAGCUACCAGAUCAUAUUGUAAUCAGGCACAAUCAUCUUUCACUGUGUUCUUCCAUAAGAAAUACAAAGAUGGCUUCCUAUGUUAUUCCCAUUGGUUCAGAUGAGGAUGCGUUCCAUGAAGAAACACAGCAUUUGGUGCUAAAGAUGCUAGGGUUGGUGCCAUUGGAAUUUUAUGAAGGUGAAUUUGAUGAAGGUGAAAGGGACAGUACUGCACGUUUACAAUUGUCUUCACAAAGUGUGGACUCUCAGGUAUCUCUGGAGCAUGUCAUGUCAUCUUGCAGUGUAGAUUCUGAUCUGGAAGUUGAUCAUGCCCCAGCAGUGUCAAUGCCAUCUAGAAUUGUUUCUUAUUCUGCAACUUGCUCUGCUAUGACGAUGUCUAGAGUUGAACUCACCAAAGAUGAACUUAAGUUUGAAGCAGCUGCAAAACAACUGGACAAGAUGGCUGAAAUGUUUUCAGCUAAGUUCGAAGACGAAUUCAAAAUGAUAGAAGAAAAUUUCUACCAAAAUGGUAGUUACUCAUCAUUCAGUUCGUUCAUGGGGAAAAUUAUACCGGCAGGCAACCCUGUGUGGUACAAGAUAUCCAUGCUGUUUGGCAUCUCUCGUUACUUACUGAAGAAGGAUAAGAAGCAUUCGUCUGGCAUAUCUUCUUACACAGUGAAUUACAUCGAAGACAAUUUUGCAGAUUAUAUCAUUGAAAAUGGAGGAUGGGAUUCAGUUGCAAGUGUCAGUUUAAAAGAAAUGAAAGAAGGAGAAUUAUUUCAUGAAAAAUCACCACUUGAAGGCUGUCCGUCUCCUCAAAAUGUCAAGAAUGAGACGGUAACUGAUGGGAAGCCAUCUUCUGAUCCAGAGACAGACAAGGGAUUGCAAACAGAAGAUGCCAAGCAAGAUAAAGGAGCUGGCGAUUCCAAAUCAGCAAUGGAAUCCAGCUUCUUUGAUUUCAACCCAUUCACAGUCACUGCAACAGCUGCAGCAGCAGUUGCAGUGGCUUAUGCUGUUAUAAAGACAUAAGCUUAGUUUAAGGUUAACCAUUUAUUUUUAUGUUAAUGGUUUAUAUAUUACAGUUUAAGAUUGAAAGGAAUAACAACAUGUAUGUUUUUAUAUAACGUUCUACACAACUAAGUCUCAGUGAUUUUCCAUAUUAUUAUUUCCCCAUUCAUAGGAACGAUCGGGGAAAUUUCAUAGUUUGCUGCAUAAAAUAUAUCAGUGCAUUUUGCACUAGAACCUUCUCAGGUACCCACUUAUACUCUUGGGUGGAGAGAAGCAAUGCAGCUAAAGUGUCUUGCUCUUGUGAAAUGCACAGCAAGGGAUUGAAACCCCGGACCUCAAGGUUAGGAAACCAAAGAUUAAUUAUUUAAAUACCCACCUACCUUUAACAUAAUACUGAAAUAACAAUUUUGGUUUUUGUCUCGUUUUAAUUUUGUAUCUUCUAAAUAUGUGUCUGACCAAGAGAUUGCCAAUUUGUUGUGGGCCUGUAGCCCAUGUUGUUGUCUUGACAACAUGCUUCUUGCCAAUGAUUAAACAAAUUCAAUUUCUAGGUAAAUGUUUAUGACAAAUUAAUAUUAUUACCUAUGUAUUUGAAUGUUAGCUCAUGACUGCAUGAUUCUCAUAAAAAUUAGGGGAGAAUCCAGAAAUACAAGGAAAUUCAAUUUCAUUUUCCCCAAUUUUUUGUCUAAUUUUCAAAAAAUUAUGGAGGGGUUGUUGUGUCAGUGGCAUGACUUCCCUUCCUCGACCCUUCUCCCACAUUUUCCUUUGAAAAUGGAUCAAGGCUUGGAGUAAUGACCUCCUAAAUUAUUGCAAUAGCUUCAGUCUUGUGUCAAUGUUUGCUUGACACAAUAAUAAUGUUUGAUCCCGAAAUGCUAUUCAUUUUAAAAUGUACUUAAUUCAUUUUACUGUUUUUAUUAAUAGAAUAUAGAAGUACUGUACUGUAUUUUAGACUGUGGUGUAUUUUGCUUGCCAUUUCAUUCAACAGUAUCUUAUUUCCCACCAAUAGCAUAUUAAUAUUAUAUAGGAGUAUAUUUAGCAUAGAAACAUUACUGCAAGUUAUUGAUACACAGUUAGGUAACCAGAUAUAAUACAUACCAAAGUUGUGGAACAAUUUAAUUAGAAAAGUUUAUACUGUAUAACUAUGAUGUGUAUACUCAAAAGUUACUGUUUGUAUAUGCAUAGACAUUUUUUAUUCAUUUUAUAUAUUUUGUUUUCAAAUUUUACUAUAAUAAUGAAUUCAACUAAAUAGAUUUAUACAUAUACCUGUAGGUGUAGAGGUCUCCAUCAUAAAUAUUUAUAAAUAUAUUAAAAUAUUUAAACAAAAUCAUCAGAUGAUAAAAAUUAUGCUUAUUACAGGUGCUAAUUAAUGUGGAAAAUUAUAGAUUAUUAAUAGGAGUUGGGUCAGAUACUACCUUCUCCUAAUUGACAGGCAACAGAUGCUACUCUUUCUUAAUUUUAAUGUUGAAAAUGCCAAUUUUCUUGCUGGAAUACUGUAUUUGUAGGCCCUUCUGUGUGAACCCUUCUGCUUUAAGGCAUGCCCACCAUAAGAUUUUUAUCUUCUUGGGAUCAAUCCUCGUUUCAUAGAUUAUUUACAUUAUUAUUUUAAAUCAUAUUGUAUUGUGAAAAUGAAAAAAAAAAUUGUUGAUGAAGGAUGCGGCAUUUGUGAUUUUAUAUCAGGGGUGGUGCCCAACAGAGGGUCCUAAGUCCCUGAAGAGAGAUCUAAAGUCACUGGCUGGGGGUGCACACCUACCUCAGCCCCACUGAUGUUGGAACAGAUUUUAAGAAUCUCAGGAUGUAAUGAUGCAAUUUUAAGGAAAAAUAUCCUCCACCGUAAUGUUUACAUUGAAAACGAGUUUUGUUGACUACAGUAUAUAUAAAUUAGAACGUACUGUAUGUCACUUGUAUUUCAAAAUACUACUUAGAAUAUAGUCACUGGAAAUAUUUGUCAUGAACAUUUUUUCUUUCUUUCAUUUAUUUCUGUUUUACUUUUAAAAGGAACCAAUAUUAUGGUGGAUUAUUAAUUAGUAUAAUAUGUGUGAAUUAUGUAAUAUGUUGAGAAUUAUUAAUAUGGUAUUAAAUUUGGUGUUUAGGAAAGUUAGAUAAGGUGCAUUAAAAUGUUGUAUUAUUGGUAUUUGGUCUAUAUCAUCUAAUGAAAAAGAUUUAUUUGAUGUUAUGGGCCAAUCCUAGUGUAGCUUGUAUUCUGGUGUUCAUAAUAAGUUUACCUAUUUAUAACUUGGAGGAUGUAUAAAUUGCAGUUUGUUUAAUAACCAUUUAAUGUCAUUGUCAACAAAUAGUGUAUUGAUUGUUAAUAAUAAGUUUACCUAUUUAUUACUCAGAGGAUGUAUUAAUUGCAGUUUGUUUACUUACCAUUUAAUGCCAUUGUCUUAGUAUAUUGAUAGCUUUGGAACAUUGCUGAAUAUUUUUUUUUUUAAUUUUUGGGACUUCUGGCUUUUUUGAGGCAUAAUGAAUAAAUAAAUUGAAAAAAUGAUACUGAUUUCAAUAUUUCUAUAAAGGAUUUUUUAUAAUGCAUAUAUUUUUUACAGUACAAAUUAUCAAAAAUGUGUAUAUAAUUCAAGAACAUAAUAUUAUAAAAAAAAUUGUAUGAACUAACAAUAAAUUGUAAUAUGAAACACAUUUU